AAUCACUGUCCUCGCCAGCAGGCACAGCUACUGACAACUCCUCAUUUCUCUCUCUCACGACACACGGCACCACUCGACGACGUUAACAACAACGAAGCGAAACAAAAAUGUCUUUUUGCGAGCGGGUGUGCAUCCCCUCCCAGAAAGUUACAGUAUCAAACCCAUUUGCUGUUGUUGUCUACACCGGCAACUUCACUCCUGAUACGGACGAAUGGACCGUCAGCUUAUUCCCCGGCGAGGUUACAACAGCUGCUGUUGCCGGACCAUGUGUAGCGCCCGGAAACUCUCCUCCACUGCAAACUUGGUCGUCCUCAGCAGCAAACAGCUUGAACUGGGAACAACUGACGCCGACAAACGCUCAGACUCAGCUUACCAUCAACCCCUCGGAUAAAUUGAAUGCCGCGAUUAAGAGUGCUGGUGGGCAUUUCUUUUUUCAAAUUAGGGCUGGUAAUAACCAGAAUUGUCAAGUGGGGCCUUGGAAUUCGCCUGCGGGGGGCCCAGGGAACUUUUUUCAACUAGCCGCACCGGCGACAUCGACGAGCAUUACACCCACCCCCACACUCACCCCGACACCAAGUGCAUCGGUUGCAUCUGCAGCGGCAGAUGGGUCAACCACCGUCACGCCCACACCAACACCCGUCCCGCAACCACAGACACCACCCUCGUCCGGCAUCGACCCGAAUGGCCCCACAACGAACGACCCUUCCUCCGGCAAAGGCGCCCCAGUCGCCAUGAUCGCGGGUAUCACCGCCGCCGCCAUUGUCCUCCUCGCGAUUGCCGGCCUCGUGUUUGCGCGCCGCCGCAACCGCAGCAGGACCGCAUGGAACCGAAAUCCAGACCAUCGAUCAAGUAAAGGCGUGUUAUUGGCGAGUGGGACGGAUCAGCCCUCGCUGAACCGCCCGGGUGGGAGCGAUCGCGGUACGCUUACACCUGAACCUGUGACGGAGGAAAUUCAUGUUGGAAACGGUGCCCCCCACGCGGCCGCAUCCAUCGCUCCCGCCGCGACGGCUGGUGUCGCUACUGCAGCCGCCUUAGGAGCCUCCGAACCCCACUCCCGAUCAAUCCCACCGACCGCUUCACAUGCACCAUCCCAAUCACCAACCGUGAAUACAGCAGCACCAGCAGAAAACCCCUUCGCAGACCCAUCACCCGGAUCUACAACAGGAGUAGGAGCAAGCGCGGCAGCCGGAGCCGCCAGCUUAACAGCGGCAGCAGCAGCAAUUCCCUCCCGCAACCGCCGCUCCAUCCUGGCCUCUCUUCACGACAGCUACCGAACUCUCACCCGUGCCGAUUCUGCCUCCACAAUAACCUCCGACAUUGAAAACCCCUUCGACCCGCACCACGCUGAUCACACCUCCGCACAACCGACGACCACCGACCCUUCCUCAUCCGUAUCAUCGUCCACAUCUCAAUUACCACCACCGUCCACGAACGCGCACCCAUCUAUAACCCCUGAAGUAGCACCAAACACCGAUCGCCACACCAUGGCCAUGCUCGUCGCCAACGCUUUCCGUAAAGGUCUCUCCAGCGGCGACGAGUUUGGCAACUGGAGAGGUGGUGCUACGAACGAGGGAGCGGCCGAGAGCGGUGGGGAGAAAGUUGAGCAGAUGCAGCAAGUGAAGCAUGUGGAGGGGAUGCGGCAGCUGGGUGGGGGCGAUCUGCGGACUGCCGAUAGGUGAUGACCGCGAUGUAGAGGUUUGAAGCCAGCGUCCACGGAUCCGGCGAGGAGUGUUGGCCUUUGACAACCUCCUAUCCGAUGGGUUGAUCAACUCCGUCAAGUUCGCGUAAGCAUCACACCCGAUGAAUUCUGAUCGACCUGCCUCCUUGUCAUCGCACCGCCUUCGUUCUGACACCGGGACUGACUCAA